UUUUGCGAGUCAGCUCUUUUUCAAAUUUGCAUUCUACCAACCACUUUUGCUCCGAUCCUCGUCAUUCACCACUCCCUUAUACCGCAUCAGACCUGCCCGUAUGGCCGCUGCACAACCAGCCUACAGCUGGACGCCGCUGGGGGUCAAUUUAACCGGGUCGAAGUGCAUCGUGUUAGCCAGGUUUCGCCCCGUUUCCACCUCCAGCUGCACUGUGCCUGCCCACUUCAUCUGACCGGACCACAUUGUACCACUCCGCUGGACGCAUGCGCACGCGCCGUUUGCCCACAGCCGCGUGUCUGUCUGUCUACUCAUCCGUCGCCUGGUCCUGAUAUGAGCGAACAACUUGUUCGCCCACCUCUCUCUCCCGUUCAAUCCCUCUCAGUGGGUGUUACCUCAUCUCGGGGUUCAGGGGCCUCUUCAGCAAUUGACUUCUCUGCCUACCAAUGCAUUUGUCCACCUCCACGAACCGGCCCCAAUUGCGAGUCGAUCUUGCCACUGGUGGGCGGCAUCGAGGACGAAGUCUGCUACACACCUGCUUGUUUCAUGCAACGAGAACAAGGUAGUUUGCAGUUCACUGGUGGCUCCUUCGUCUAUUGGCGCGUGCGUACGACUGCUCAUUCUUCUGAGUCUUCUUGGUUCGAAGUGUCCUUUUCUCUCCGCACUCGCCAGUCCGUUGCCUCCUUAGUCAAUGUACAGUGGAAUGCUCUUAGAGCUUUUCAGUUGCGUUUGGCAGCUGAUGGCCGCCUUGUGGUAUCAGCAAUUGGUCUAUCUGACGGAUUGCCUGCACGAGACUGGCUCGUAUCACCACAGCCCGUGGCUGAUGGCAGAUGGCACCGGGUGCGCCUCGCUCUGGCCAAACUAGACGCCUGGAUCGAUUACAAGGCUUCUCAAGGUGAGAUGCUCCAUAAACAUGUAUGA